AUGAAGAUGUGGAAUGCUGACGACUCAGCAACCCUGAAGGCUCAGGUGGGCGUAGCGUUCACCAAAGGGAGCAAGGCACUAUAUCCACCGCCAACACCAUCUCCACCACCAGCACCAUCUCUACCACCAGCACCAUCUCCACCAUCUCCACCACCAGCACCAUCACCACCAUCUCCACCACCAGCACCAUCUCCGCCACCAGCACCAUCUCCACCAUCUCCACCACCAGCACCAUCUCCACCACCAGCACCAUCUCCACCAUCUCCACCACCAGCACCAUCUCUACCACCAGCACCAUCUCCACCAUCUCCACCACCAGCACCAUCUCUACCACCAGCACCAUCAUCACCAUCUCCACCACCAGCACCAUCUCCGCCACCAGCACCAUCUCCACCAUCUCCACCACCAGCACCAUCUCCACCAUCUCCACCACCAGCACCAUCACCACCAUCUCCACCGCCAGCACCAUCUCUGCCACCAGCACCAUCUCCACCACCAGCACCAUCACCACCAUCUCCACCGCCAGCACCAUCUCUGCCACCAGCACCAUCUCCAGCACCAGCACCAUCACCACCAUCUCCACCACCAGCACCAUCUCCACCAUCUCCACCACCAGCACCAUCUCCACCAUCUCCACCGCCAGCACCAUCUGUGCCACCAGCACCAUCUCCAGCACCAGCACCAUCACCACCAUCUCCACCACCAGCACCAUCUCCACCAUCUCCACCACCAGCACCAUCUCCACCAUCUCCACCGCCAGCACCAUCUCUGCCACCAGCACCAUCUCCAUCACCAGCACCAUCUCCACCAUCUCCACCACCAGCACCAUCACCACCAUCUCCACCGCCAGCACCAUCUCUGCCACCAGCACCAUCUCCACCACCAGCGCCAUCUCCACCAUCUCCACCACCAGCACCAUCACAACCAUCUCCACCGCCAGCACCAUCUCCACCACCAGCACCAUCACCACCAUCUCCACCGCCAGCACCAUCUCCACCAUCUCCACUACCAGCACCAUCUCCACCAUCUCCACCGCCAGCACCAUCUCCACCAUCUCCACCACCAGCACCAUCUCCACCAUCUCCACCGCCAGCACCAUCUCUGCCACCAGCACCAUCUCCACCGCCAGCACCAUCUCCACCACUUCCACCACCAGCACCAUCUCCACCAUCUCCACCGCCAGCACCAUCUCCACCAUCUCCACCACCAGCACCAUCUCCACGAUCUCCACCACCAGCACCAUCUCCACCAUCUCCACCGCCAGCACCAUCUCCACCAUCUCCACCACCAGCACCAUCUCCACCAUCUCCACCACCAGCACCAUCUCCACCAUCUCCACCACCAGCACCAUCUCCACCAUCUCCACCACCAGCACCAUCUCCACCGCCAGCACCAUCACCACCAUCUCCAACACCAGCACCAUCUCCACCACCAGCACCAUCACCACCAUCUCCACCACCAGCACCAUCUCCACCGCCAGCACCAUCUCCACCAUCUCCACCACCAGCACCAUCUCCACCACCAGCACCAUCACCACCAUCUCCAACACCAGCACCAUCUCCACCACCAGCACCAUCACCACCAUCUCCACCACCAGCACCAUCUCCACCGCCAGCACCAUCUCCACCAUCUCCACCACCAGCACCAUCUCCACCACCAGCACCAUCACCACCAUCUUCACCACCAUCACCAUCUCCACCACCAGCACUAUCACCACCAUCACCACCGCCAGCACCAUCUCCACCAUCUCCACCACCAGCACCAUCUCCACCACCAUCACCAUCUCCACCAUCUCCACCACCAGCACCAUCUCCACCACCAGCACCAUCAUCACCAUCUCCACCACCAGCACCAUCUCUGCCACCAGCACCAUAUCCACCAUCUCCACUGCCCGCACCAUCUCCACCAUCUCCACCACCUCCACCAUCUCCACCACCAGCACCAUCUCCACCACCAGCACCAUCACCACCAUCUCCACCACCAGCAUCAUCUCCACCACCGGCACCAUCUCCACCAUCUCCACCACCAGCACCAUCUCCACCACCAGCACCAGCACCACCAUCUCCACCACCAGCACCAUAUCCACCAUCUCCACCACCAGCACCAUCUCCACCACCAUCACCAUCUCCACCAUCUCCACCACCAGCACCAUCUCCACCACCAGCACCGUCUCCACCAUCUCCACCACCAGCACCAUCUCUGCCACCAGCACCAUCUCCACCAUCUCCACCGCCAGCACCAUCUCCACCAUCUCCACCACCAUCACCACACUUUCCACAGGAGCUCUUGUGGGCCCUGGGCUCCAAGAGAGAGACCGACAAGAGCCCGUGCCCCCAGUCCCACCUCACAGUCCCAGGGAGCCGCCCGAUGGACUGGGGGUCGGAGGCACUCCCUGAGAGACGCGGUGUGGAGCUGUGCAUCUCCAUCCUCCGCACGCCUGUCCGUCUGGCCAUGCAGCACCCAGGCUGGAGUGUCCUGCGGAGCCCAGGCCAGGCCUCCAUCCAGCGGCAGCUGGAGCUCGCUGCCCACUUGCCGGGUCUCGGAGACCCUGACGGCUCCCCAGUGGGCCCCAGCCCGGACCCUCGCAGCAGCAGCAGCCCCAAUGCCCGUUAUGGGCUGGAGCCUCCUCGCCUCUCCCUGACCUGCAUUUCCUCGGCCCUGCCUCCCACGGGGGUGUUAGGAAAACCCGCCAAUUGCACCCGGUUCUCACCCGAGAGUUGUGAGAACGAGUGGUUGAAAAUAGCCUGA